AUGGCUCUGACCAGCUUUUCAUCCACCGACUUGCCGAUGUCCUCUUCCUCGUACUGCUCAUCAUCCCACUACAGCAGUUCCAACACGUACCGGUCAGAGGGGUCUGGUGGUGGGGCGGCGGAACCCCUGUUUGAGCCCUCCCUGGAUGCAGCAGUGGUGGGACCCUCAAAGCCUGUUUGGAGAGGAGGGGGAUGUGGCCCCCCUGUCUGGCCCCCCUUCAGUGGACACCACAAGGACUCCUACGGGUACCCAGUUCCAGGCACGCUGGUUCCACAACAGUGUCUAGGGUUUACUGAGAAUGAUGCGACAAACAAAAAACUUCCAGUCAGCGGCAGUCCUGUGUUGGAGAAUGGGAGUGUCAGUGAUACGUUUACACAUAAGACCAUGCUCUUGGAGGACAUGGACCCCCUGUCGGUCAGGGGCACGCUGACCCCUGAGGGCAGACUAGUGGCCAGAGUCAGGAAGAACUCCACUAUGGAGGCGCUGAAGCUCCCAAAUCGGAUGAUUUGA